AUGGUCAUUAAAAAAGCUUUUCAGGAUUUUUACAUUCAAAAUUUCCUAUAAAUCAGAGACUCAUUUAAGCGAAAUAAAUAUUUGAGUUUUGGAUUAGUACUAUUCUAAACUCUUCAAAUAUAAGGAAUAUAUAUUAGUGGAAGCAUUUUCGAAUCAGAUGAGAAGGGAAAAAAAAGAGGAAUAAUGGAUGCGGUUAUAUGGAUACUCUAAUCUGCUAAAGUAUUCCCCUUAUUCUAAUCUUCAACGAGCACAGAUAAAAUAAUUUUUAUUGACUUCAGCUUCAUCAUUUUAUUAAUCGUAAUUUCUUUUAUCGGAUUGCUAGCAAUUUUAACAACAAGAAGUUAGAAAUAUAUGAAAAAUCAUAAAAUCAAUGGGUUAUAUCAAUUAGUUUUUACUGAUUCUGCUACUCAAUUAUAAACAUAGUAAAAUUUGUUAAUGAAAUUUAUAAAAUUUAUAACCUACAUAGUUUCCAUCUUUUUGUAAACUUACAAAUACUUGUUUCAUUGGAGCAUCAUUUAUUGCUCACUAGACAAUAUUUAUAAAUUUAUUAAGAAUCCAUCUGAAAAUAAUGAUUGGAUGCAUACAUUGGGAACAACAACAUCAGUCAUUGUACUUUUGUUUUUCUUAUUGUUUGAUAACUUUAUGAUGUUCCACUUUUUUGAUUAUAAGUUCAAGAAUCCAGACUUUUUGGGUUAAAAAGAAUCCAAUCUUGAACUCUUACUCAAUUUAUACAUCUAUUCAACAAUUGCUAUAGUGGUCUUCACACAAUAAGAAUACCCAAAUUUACAAUUAUUACUAGGAUUGCUCUUCACAAUUUAUUCAUUGUUUGUAAGCUCAUUUCUAUUUCUGAAUCGUAAGUAAAUGAUCAAUUAUUUCAAAUCUUUAAUACUUGGGUAAUUUAUAUUUCUCUAUAUUGCUCAAUUUUGUUAUGUGAAUGGAACAUUUUCUAAUGAAUUCGUAAAUCUAAUAGUAUUCAUCGCAUCUCCUAUAAUCAUAAAAAUACAAAAUAAGAUCUAAGAAUUGCAAGUCAAACAAUAUCUUUAAUUAGAUGAUAAACAUUUUAUAUUUUUUGAAUCAAAACUAAGGAAAAUCUUUGAUUUAAUUAAAAUCACUUAUUAUAAGGAAUGGAGAGCAUUCAGAUAACCAGUAAUUAGAUCUUAUGUGUCUUUGUAAUUACACAGUUUGGCUGCUAAUCAUCUAAGAAAUUGUUCUGGAAAUUAAAUUGAUAUGAAUUAUUAGAAUAAUGUGGUUAAGAAAUGCUUUUGCAAAUAGUAUUUUUAAUACAAUGAAGAAAAAUCAGUGAAUUUUUGGAAAAGAGAAUUAGAUGCUGAAACAGAAAAUAAAUACUUUGCAUUCAAAAGUGAAAAACAAUUUAAAUAGUUUCUAUUUGAUUUAAUUAAGGAUAGUUUUGAAAGAUAUCUCAGUCAAAAAUCAAUAUUAGAAACUAAUGUAUAGUUUUCAUACAUCUAUUUCUUAUUUUAAAUUCAAAAGAAACCAACCAAAGCAUUCUACGAGGCUAUGAAUUUGAAAUUUAAAAUCAAAAAACUCUCCUAAAAGAAAAUUAUGAUAAUUGAAUAACUUAUUCAAGACGCUAAGUUUAAUUUCAACUUAAUGAUUGAGAAAAAAGAUUUAAAAAAUCAGAAAUAUAAUUUCAAAUAGGUUUUUGAUUAUGAUUAGAAUUUGGAUACUACUAAGUUAAACUUUUAGAUCAUAUUAACAAAUUAUAAGAAAUGGUACAACCAAUUAUUGAAUUAAUAAUUGUAAUUAUAAAUGAUCAUCAAAAAGGGAAUUGAACUUCAACAAUAAAUAUAAUAAUUAGAGUAAUAAAUAUUCAGUUUAUAUUAAUUGAAUCCAGUUUCAUCUGAAUUAGAUACAAUAGUUUAUCUUUUUUAUAAAUACAUACACUUUAACCUCAAAAGACCCAAAUCAAUUAGAAGAAAUUCCUCAUAUGCAAAUUAAUUCAUAUAGUCAAUUAAUCAAUAAGUAUUUGAAAAGGAAUCUUGUAUCAUUUAUAUAUCACUUAUGAAUUAGAGAGGAUCCAUACAAAAUUAUACCAAAUCUUUUAAAUCAUUAAUCUUAGGAAAUGAUUAAGACAUCAAAAAUUAGAAUAUCAAACAUUUCAUGCCUGAUUCUAUUGCCCAAUACCAUGACAUGUAUUUAGAUAAUUUCAUUGAAUUGGGUAGGAUGAAUAUAGUGAUGGCUGAAUAAAGAUUUUUGAUUCUUAAAAAUAAGCAAUAGUUUAUAAUCCCAGUAUAUGCAAAAGUCAGAUUGGAGAACUAUUCUAAUAGCGAUUUUGGAUCAUCUGCACUGAUAACAUAAAUUAAUCAAUAGAAUUAUUACAUUGUCAUCAGUAGAUAUGGCAUUUUGGAAGAAAUGUCUUAGAAUUUUUACUAAGAAAUCAUUCAAAAAACUCUGAACUGUUAUCCAUAUUAAUUAAAAAAUUUGAAUCUACUUAGACUAAUGCCUUGCUUGUUGAAGGACUUGCAAAAGUUAGAAUUGAAUUAGUAAAAUAGCAAUGAAAUAGAUUUCGAAUUUUCUUAGUAAAAUAAAGAUUAAAUUAAUUAUGACAUUCUAAUGGAAGGGCAUAUUUUAAUUCCUAAACAAUAGACUUUGAUAGAUUAGUUAUAGAUCUCAAAUAAAAAUAUAUUAAACGUCGAUGUUGAAAAUUACUUUUUCGUUUAAUAACAGAAAAAUCAUUUAUUCUACCAAAAUGUUUAACAUCUAUUUAUUUUUUAUGUUAAAUACAAGAUUCGAUUAAUGAAAACCAUUAAUUCAUUACAUAGAAUACUAGAAAUUUAGACUUUGAAGAUGAUUAAAUCUGAGCAUCAAUAGAAGGCUAUAAGAAUAGUCCAGAAUAUUUGCAAUAUUGAAUAGUCUUCUAUAUUGAAGUUUUAAUAGGCACCAAAAAUACAUUAUUAUUUGUAAGAUUCAGAUGGAUAUGAUGUGUUUCAAAAGGAAUAAAUUGAGGCAUUCAGGAAAUCGUAAUCUUCUGAAUUGUUCGAUAGAAAAUCAUAUGAUUUAGAAAACAACCUAAUAAUGGAAGAGGACAAUAUGAUAAGUCAGAAAUAGAGAAAUUUUGAGGAGCAUUAUUCAACUAGAAGAGAUUUGAUACAAUAAACAUUGUUAAAUACAUUGGAUUCUCAUGUGUAUUAAAAAACUAAAGAAAAUAUUCAACUAUUGUAGAAUGAAUCUGAUACUUCAAAGUAAUUAGUGAGAAAGAAUAGUUUUAAUAUUUUAAGUAAGGGUUAGAUUGAUGACAUGGAAUUAUCAAAUAAAUAAUCAAAAGAUUCAAUUGAUUAGGAUUCAGGUUCAAAUUAUAAAAAUCGUUAAGCUACAAUUCAUUAGAAUGAUGGGAGUUCGAUAGCUAGUUCCCAAUAGUAGAAUGAUUACAUUAGCAAAAGGAGAAUGAUAAGAGAUGUCUUAUUUUCAGAUCAUUAAUUUUAAAAUAAUACUACAAAAACUAGCAUUCUGGUUUUCGGCUUAAUUUUACUUAUCAUCUUAUACUUAGUAAAUCUAAUCUUUAUAGUUAUAACACAAAAAAAAGUAGAAGAGAUUGAAGCCAACAAACACGUAUCGAUAAAUAUACAAAACUCUUUGAAUCUAUUUAUCCUAUCGAAUCAGUUUGAACAAAUUUAAAUAUAUCAAAAUAAUACAUAGAUUUGGUAUUAACAACUUUAGAAUCUUUCAAUUAUUAACUAUCAAAUAUAUCUAAGAUAAAUUUUAAACUCCCAGAACUCAAUUAUAGAAUAAUCAAUGUUUAAUCAAUUAAAAAUCAUCUACUUUGAAGAAACAAUUAAAUAUGAAUUGGAUUAACUUUUUAUAAUCAAAUUAAUAGGAGAAUACAUGAUAGAUUAUAUUAGUGACAAAGAUACACACAAGGACGGAAUAAUAUUUCUAAUUCGUAAUUUUUAGGUCAUUGUUUAGGAGAUGUUAGUCGAAUUUAAUAAUACUACUUUUAUUAAUAUUCAAUAGUAAAUUGACAUGAUAGAUUCCUAAAUAGAAUUAACUAUCAUUUUAUCUGAAGUUACUUUAAGUUUAAUAGUCAUUAUUCUUUUACCUGUAUUUUUAAUUAUUAAUCGAUAAAAAAACACAAUUUUGGAAUUCUUUAUGACAUUCCCUUAAAAUGAACUUUAAUAGUAAUAUGAUAUUUAUUAGAUUCUAUUGGAUAAGUUAGAAGAAACAAAAUUUGCUUAACAGGAAACUAAUCAAUAUGAUAUUGAGAGUUCUCAUAUUAAAUAAUUUGUAAAAUCUAUUCGCUUAGUCAAAGAUUCCAAUUAAAGUAAAUAAUAAUAUGGAAAGUUAAAGAAAAUGAUUGGAUCUAAUGCCACUCCUUUGAUAAUAUUCAGUAUCUUUUUAGUUUUACUCUUGUUUUCUAUAGUUUCUGCUUACUUUAUAACCUCAUUUAUGAUUAAAUAUCAAUUUCUGAGUGAUUACAAAAGAAUUAACAAAGAAAUCAAAAUUUAUGAUUCUCUACAAUGUGAAAUAUUAAAAGAAAAUGCUAUUUAAAAUUUAAUUCUCAAUUAAAUACUAAAUCAGAAUAUAAGCGAUGUAAUUAAAAAUACAGUGCACUAAUUGUUUGAAAUAGAAAAAGCAAGUCAAUAUCCCACAAUAUUGUAUUAUCAAUAAGAACUUACCUAAAGAUUUUCAGAUUCAAGCAAUGAAGUGUUUUAUAAUGUGUUAUCAAAUAAUACAUGUGAUAUAUUCAACUCUGAAUUAAUUGACCACUUAGAAUUGGAAUAAUUUUUAGAUUUUUAUAGUAUCCAAGGAUGUCAGACUAUUGGUCAAGUUUAACAAGGAAUUAGCAUUUCUAUAAUUAAUUUUGUAAAUCAAUUGAAAUAAUUAUAUUCGACAUUGUAGUUUUAUGAAAGUAAUAAUGGUUAUGAAUACAAAACUCUGUAUGAUAGUAUCAUAUUCCUAAAAGACUAAGAAAUAUAAUAAUCAUAUCUAUAUACUGCUUUUGCACUUUAAGUGAUAACAAACUACCAAGAUUAGUAGCUAAAGACCUUAGUCUAAUAGCAUUAUUUAACUCAAAUAAUAGCCUUUGUUGUUGGUGCCAGCUUUAUUAGUGUAUUCACUCUUAUAACAGAGAAGUGCUUCAAGAGUCUGAUUUCGAAUUAAAUAAAUUAAUCCAAACUGCUACUUACUUUAAUCCCAUUUGAAAUCUUAUAAACAAAUGCUUAUGUUAUGACUUAUGUAUUGCAAGAAUCGAAAAAAAUAUAUUUAUGA